AUGGUGAUGGUAACGUUUAGACUGAUGAGGAUGGAUAGUGGGGAUGAUGAUCAGCUACCGCCUCUGGUGGAGCCACCACCGGUGGCUGUGGGGCAGAGCCAUUCAGCAAACCGGUCAAUCGAGACGCUGGUGGUGGUGCUGGCAGUGAUAACCAUCGUCGCCGUGAUUGCAGGGUUCAUAGCACGGCUAUGUGGAGGAACGCAUUAUGGUGGGAAUGGAGGAGACCAUGAAGUUGAAGGAUGUAUUGAGAGUAGAUGCAGAAGCUGUAUUGAUGCCGGCAUUUCAACUGCAGCACCGCCGCCGGCAGCAGCAGCAGCACCGCCAAAAGAGGAGCCAAACCCAGCAAAAGAAGAAGCAAAAAAGUGA